AUGCUCGCCUCCCUGGCGUCUCGCCCGCCGCCGCCGGGGCUGGCGCGGCUCCUCCGGGCGCGGCCGUGGCUGGCGCCGUCACGGGCGGCUUCCGGGGUUGCGGCGGCGCUUGAGGGGGCCGGGACCGCCAGGCCGCGGCUGCUCCCGGCUUCGGCCGCCAGGGGGCGCCGCGAGCCCGCACCGCCGCCGGAGAGCGCGGGGUUGCCAUGGCGGGGCGCGGCCGGGGGGGGGCGACCCCUGGGGACGGGGCCGGGCCCGGGGGGCUGCCCCCCAGCAGUGGGGCCGGGGGUCUUCCCCCCAGCAAUGGGGCUGGGCCCGGGGGUCUCCCCCCCAGCAAUGGGGCCGGGCCCGGGGGUCUCUCCCCUAGCCAUGGGGCCGGGCCCGGGGGGCUCCCCACUAGCCAUGGGGCCGGGCCCAAAGGGGACCCCCACGUUGGAGGGGCCGAGGCUGCAGGCCCCAGGCCUGGCCCUGCUGCGGACCCCCAGGCUGCGCACCACCAGCCUGGCUGGCGCAGGCUGCCCCGUGGCGGGGCCGUCCGGCCUGGCGGCGUCCCUCGAAGAGCCGACGCCGUGGCCCUCGGGUGCUGAGCGGCACUGUCGUGGCGGAGGAGACCCCGGUGGGCGUCGGAGCGGAGAUGGGAGCUGCCCUCCGGGAGCUGCGCUGCCUGCCCUCCUCGCUGCGCUGGCGUACUGCUACCUCAGGGACCAUCUGUCCAAGGAAGAUGCUCUGCUGGAAGCUGCGAGGAUCAACAACGUUUCGGAAGUCAACAGGUUGUUGCUGGAAGGCACAGACGUGAACGCGAGGCACAAGCUUGGCUGGACUGCUCUCAUGGUGGCAGCUAUCAGCAGAAACUCCAGUGUGGUGAAGAUCCUGCUCGCAGCUAAUGCAGAUCCAAACCUUGGAGAUGAUUUCAGCAGCGUGUAUGAGACUGCCAAGGAAAAAGGCCUCCAUUCUUUGGAAGUCCUUGUAACCCGGGAGGACGACUUCAACAACCGCUUGAACAUCCGAGCCAAUUUCAAGGGCUGCACAGCUCUACACUACGCAGUCCUGGCUGACGACUACCUGACGGUCAAAUUGCUGCUGGAUGGAGGUGCCAACCCCCUGCAGAAGAACGAAAUGGGACAUACGCCCCUGGAUUAUGCCCGUGAAGGGGAGGUCAUGAGCCUUCUGAAAGCGUCGGAGGCGAAGUUCCAGGAGGAGCAGCGCAGGAGGGAGGUGGAGGAACGCCGGAGGUUUCCGCUGGAGCAACGGCUAAAAGAGCACAUCAUCGGUCAGGAGAGCGCGAUAGCGACGGUGGGAGCAGCUAUUCGGAGGAAGGAAAAUGGCUGGUAUGACGAGGAGCACCCGCUGGUCUUCCUUUUCUUGGGAUCAUCUGGAAUAGGUAAAACCGAGCUGGCCAAGCAGACAGCCAAGUACAUCCAUAAGGAUGUCAAAAAGGGUUUCAUCAGACUGGACAUGUCAGAGUUCCAAGAGAGGCACGAGGUCGCCAAGUUUAUCGGCUCUCCGCCCGGCUACGUGGGCCAUGAGGAGGGCGGGCAGCUCACCAAAAAGCUGAGGCAGUGUCCAAAUGCCGUGGUGCUCUUCGACGAGGUUGACAAAGCCCACCCGGACGUCCUCACCAUCAUGCUGCAGCUGUUCGAUGAGGGCAGACUGACGGAUGGGAAGGGGAAAACCAUUGACUGCAAGGAUGCCAUCUUUAUCAUGACCUCCAACGUGGCAAGCGACGAGAUCGCCCAGCAUGCUCUGCAGCUCCGACAAGAGGCCAUGGAGAUGAGCAAGAAAAGGAUCGCAGAAAACUUAGAGGAUGUCCAGAUGACCGACAAGAUAACCAUCUCCAAGCAGUUCAAGGAAAAGGUUAUUCGCCCCAUCUUGAAGGCUCACUUCAGACGAGACGAGUUCCUGGGGAGGAUCAAUGAGAUUGUCUAUUUUCUCCCUUUUUGCCACUCGGAGCUCAUCCAGCUUGUCAACAAGGAGCUGAAUUAUUGGGCCAAGAAGGCCAAGGCGAGGCACAACAUCACCCUGCUCUGGGACAGGGAGGUCAUGGACGUGCUGGCUGACGGCUACAACAUGCACUACGGUGCCCGCUCUAUCAAACACGAGGUCGAGCGGCGCGUUGUGAACCAGCUGGCAGCUGCCUACGAGCAGGACCUGCUGCCGAGGGGCUGCACCUUGAGGAUCACGGUGGAGGACUCGGACAAGCAGCUGCUGAAAACCAAGGACGGCUCUUCCCCUGGAGCGGAGAAAGCAAAGAUGCCGACCCUGCGGUUGGAGAUAGUGGAGAAAGGCAGCAAAUCCCGAAAACUGGACAUCCAAGCGCCUCUGAACCCAGAAAACAUUACUUACUUCUUGUAGGCAGCGACGAGCACUCCUGGAGCGCGCUCUGCCCCAGCAGCUGCCUGCGCCACGCUGCGGGCAGCGCGGGUUGACAAUAAAACGCCGUGAGACUCGGGAGCGUGCGAUGUGGCCACCUCGGUGAGGGCAGGGCAGGGGCAGGCAGGAGCUGCCCCGCAGCCGGGCACGGGCAGGCAGGAGCUGCGCGAUCAGCCUGCGCCUGCGUACCCCGGGGUGGGCGCAGAGGGCUCCGGAGCCGUAGCUACGGGUGGCGAGGUGCCGCCCCGCCAUUCGGGGACGUAUAGGUGGAGGGUCCUGGGGUUUCACUUGCCACAAGAGGUGUCGGAGCUUUUUGAGAAAGGGGAAAGCAGAUUUCAGAGCCUACGGGAGCCGGGGUGUCCGGCUCCGCUGGGAUUUACGGUUCCCGCAGCGGAGGCUCGCUGCGGAGGCCGGGUUUGCUGGGUUGGGCUGCGGCUGGUAAGGGGCGGGACAGGCACCGCGUGUGCGACAGCUUGAUUUGAAAAGCCUCCGGGCACUCUGUAUUUUGCCCGUUUCUCUUUAUUUAUUGCAAUAAACACGGCGUGCGCUUA